AAGGAGGAUGCGCCCCAGCAGCCCGCGUGAGCUGUGCGCCACGGACUCUUUCCAGGCCUCCGACGCCCCCAACAGCCUUUCUCCGCUGAACCGGCUGCGCCCCGCCCCUCUUCCCGGAAGUGCAGCGUCUCUUCCCGGAAGUGGCUCUCUCCACUUCCCUGGGCGCCAGGGGACGCUGUGCGCACCGGCGCCUCAAGGGCACUUGCCCGAGGCAGCGCCUGUCGCUGUUUCCAAACGCACCACCCCAACCCGCACUUCUCCAGGAGGCGAGGGGCCACGCAGGAGGCCGAAGGGCUGCCCGCCCCGCACGCCCCCACCUCCGGCGCGGCGGCCACUGCUCCGAGGGGCCUCUGCGUUCCGGGAGGACGCGGCGCGUAGUCCGGGCCUUACCUCCCCGACGGGCCUCGGGGCCCUUGAUGGAGGGGCCUUGGCUCCGCAGGGCUCAGGCCUGGGCCUCUCACGGCGCCGGGGUCUGGGAGCUCUCGCGACGCCCCUCGGGGAGGCGGAGGCACGGUGCUUGGGGGGCGAGCAUCCCCGGAUGGGAUCAAAGCCCGGGCCUCCAGGACGCCGGACAAGUGCGCCCCCUGCCUGUCAGGCGGAGGCUCGGGCUCCUUUGUCCUCAACUAAGCCCUGGAGACAGUGUUUCCCAGGAGGAUGCGAGACACAUGCCCAGGACUCAGCACAGAGCAAGCUCAUGUAACAUCUAUUGAAUAAACACACAGGAAGGAAUGAGAACCCAUCAGUUCUGAGUGCCACAUUUUAUGAGAGGAGCUGACAAACUAUAGCAUAACCAGAGAUGGCAGCCAGGACCUUGAGUGUUCUGGAGACCUCGUCACAUGACAAAAGGUUGAAAGAACAGAAGAGAUAGACACAGAGAAGAGGAGAUGGAAGAGGGAGCUUGGACAAUUGUUUUGUGAAAUCACACGGAGGAAUAAUUUGAUGAGCUUUGAUUUAUAUUGUUCCAGAAGGCCGAGUGGGAGCCAGGGAGCAGAGCUCCCAGGGGGAUCGUAGCUCCAAGCAGAUGGCCAUUCCCCACGGCUGGAACCACCCAGGUAGGGGGCAGGCUGCCUCCUGCAGAGGGCCUCCCCCACCAGAGGGGAUGGCCACUCAGAGGACGGACACCACCAGGGGGAGGGGCACAGGAUGGGCCUGCACCAACUGCUCAGACUACCUGGAAGAUUCCAGAUUCAUCUCUCCCAUGACGCAGGAGGAGAACAAGUUUUCAUGUGACAUGAGUCCUGUGAGGACCUGAGCAAAACUAUGAAAAGGGAAAAUCCGACUUCAGCGUCCCUCACUUACCUUUUCAGAACCUUAUCAUCUCUGCUUGUAAAACUCCUAACACUAGCAUUCUUGUCUUGGAUGUGAGUAAAGGAAGAAAAGAACUUAAGAGGUUACUGCCUUAAUAUAUGCCAAUCCGCACUGGGAAAGAUGGGGCCUCGUGAGACCAAUGAGCAGACCUAGUGGUGGGCCUGCAGCUCAGUAGCGUCUGAAUGGGAACGUCCUCCGACCGACCAGCCGACGAGGGCUCCGGCACAGCACUAGUCAGGGGCACCGGGGCUGGACUUGGGGGCAGAGUCCUGGGUCUGAGUCCUGGCUCCGCCUGACACUGACUGCGCCAGUUACGCUGCUGGUUAGUUUCUUAGCUUCUCUCAGCUUCACUUCCCUCACCUGUAAAACAGGGUUACUGCCCCCCUUGUCGAACACAAACAUGCAAGGAGCAGAGAGAGGCUGUCUGAGGGGGACACAGGGGGAGAAACACCAGCUCUGACCCAGGCAGAGGGCUGCGCUGGGCUCUCCGCCACGCCUGGUCCCUGCCGGGAGCCCGGUGCUCCCUCCUGGCUCCUGGGCUCCCCGGUUCUCUCCCACCAUCCCAGGCAUGCCCAAAGGCCUCCGAACUCCCUCCCUCCCACAACCUCUUCCAGCACCCCAGAGGAUUUCCUCCCCCUCCGCCCUUCCCAUCCCCAGAGGCAUCUGCCUGCUUCAGAGGGAGACAGUUCCCAUAAAGGAAAAACCAGCUUAGCCAAUU